GCAAUGGAGGAGGGUAGCACAGAAGAGGACAUCGAGACUCUGAUCGAGGGCAUGGAGUACAUCCCUGGCCACUUCCACCUGGACCUGCACCUCAACUGUGAGCCCUGCGGGCCUGUGGAGCUGCGUCGACGGGACACUCGGCUAAAGCAGGACAGCCUGCGGGCCGAGCUGGAGGCAGAGGCUGGGUUCCAGCAGUACGCUGUGAGGAACCUGCUGGGCCUGCUGGCCUUCCACCUGGAUGAUCUGAAGCAGGCCGAGGAGGCCUUCCAGAGCAUUUGCAAGGAGGACCCGGGGAACCUCAAUGCCUGGGCCAACCUGGGCUACGUCUAUGACCACCUCAAGAGGGACACGGAGGGGGCAGAGUGCGUGGAGCAGGUGUCCGCUUUGAUGGGGCUGGAGUCUGGGGAGCCAGACCAGGGAGAGCCCAGGCUGCUGGCGGCACGGUGCCUAGCAGAGCAGGCCUACGCUCACCCCUACGAUGUGGAACUGGACAAAGAGGAGGACUUGAGGGAGAGACUGACAGCAGCCCUCACACUGUAUAACAGAGCUUUAGACUACGGAGGCAAUCUGAUACCUAUUGAAGAAAAGAGAAGUUGGUAUUUCAAAAUGGCAACCAUGUAUAUCAGACUGGAUGAUAUGAUGAAGGAGACGGUAGACUCAGAGUACAGCAGACUGUCAUAUUACAACAAGGCCUUGAAGCUGCUGACAGAGACCCUCAAGUCUGGCAAAAGUCAUUACAAAGCUCUGGCCUGGUGUUAUGUGGGGGUCAUGCUGGAGCGGAAGAAUGAGUUCUCCACAGUUCCCAUGUCCAUCCAUGACUAUGGCUACUCUGGCUCAGACCCCCUGUCCUGCUACGGGACGGCCAUCAAGAUUGCCACAGCGGACGCGUUCACCCUGAACCAGCUGGCAAAGGUGUUCUUCUUGUUGGGUAAACAUGAGAUGGCCACAGGGAUCUGUAACAUGGCACUGAACGUACUUCCCGACCCCGAGCUGAACUGGCAAGCCUACUGCACCCGUGCCAAGAUCAAUGUCACCACCUAUGUAAGAGAUCUGCACAAAGCCAAGUUGGGUCUAGCAGGCAUACCGGACCGACAGAAGCUAGCAGAGGCCAAGGCUGACCUGGAGCGAGUACUGAAGGUGCAUCCUUGUCUGAGGACACACCUGGAGAUGGGACAGGUGUAUUACUACAUGGGCGUGGACGCCCUGCAGGAGAGCCUGCUGGUGGACGAGGGGGCGGUGAACGCGGCGCUGGUGAGCCUGGCGCAGGCGCUGCAGUGCGAGCUGGGAGACAGCCUGCCGGAGCUGCAGCUGCUGCGCGGCCGCUGCCUGCUGCUGAAGGGUGAGGAGCAGAACGCCGCCGACUGCUUCAAGAGGGCGCUGCACCUGGAGCCCCCGGGCAGCCGGGACACCACGGCGCUGCGCUGCCUCCUGGAGACCCUGCUGGCCCUCUUCUCCCAGAGCGGCGCCGACCCGGGCCCCGCCAUUGGCCAGCUGGAGGUGUGGGUACGGCGCGCCGAGGAGAAGUACCCGCACGAGACGGUGCAGGCGGAGCUGAAGUCCCUGUGCCGAGCGCACACCGCAGAGGUGGCCGAGCUCUCCCGCGCGCUGGUGCGCUUGGGCCGCACGGAUCUGGUGCGCCUCCUGCUAGAGACAGUGCAGCCCAAGCUACCGGCCAAGAAGAGGACGCUGGCCCGGUCAAUGUCAGUGUGAGGGAGGAUACAAGAGCAGCAAAGAGUGGGGCGAGCAAAGGAACACAAAUUCAGUCAUAAAACUCACUGCGUUUCUUAACACAAUGCUUGCUGUCACUGCUAUGGAUCUGGUAAAGAUGAAUACAUAGACUUUGGCUUAUUGUAACAUAAUUGUUUUUUAGUUUGGCUCAUCAAGACCUGGGUUGCUGACACAAGUUGUGCACAUUAGCAUAAGUACAAUCUAGUUACCAAACAGCACCAAAACCACCAAGCACACCCUUGCUUAGUAUUCCAACUUGUCUUUCAUUAAAGCAUUGCCAUAGGUCGAAACUAGGUGAUGCAUGUGAAGACAAAAUUACUGUGAGUUACUGGGAAUGUACUAUGAAGGGAAAUAAUACAU